UUCUUAACUUGCAAGCUAGCAAUCAAACGGUGCACAGGCAGCCCUUCCGCCGUCUCGCAGCUACUUAUCCCUUUCAGGAUGGCGUCAACUCAGCUGGCUGCCCUCAGGCUUCAACCGCUGCAAGCCUCUGCUGGUGUUCCCCUUUCACAAUGCCGAAAACACGUCUACACUGGCGUGUACAUGCCAGGACAAAAGGCCUAUAAUGCCCCCCUGGCAGUGCAUCAGAUUCUGCGCUUGGCGUCACUCCAAUCGCCUCCUCAGCAGCUGAAAGAGGGAUCAAAAUCACUUUUAGGAAGCCGUUCCCCCAGCUCCCACAGGCAGCCACGUAUUCGAGCCACUGCCUCUGAUGCGGAACCUGCAGCCCCCUCAAACCUGAUUGGUGUCCAUUGGCUGACAUGGGCCGGGGGCCUGUCUGAAGAGGAGUGCCGCAAAGCAAUCGAUGGGUCGGCAAAGCUGGGAUACGACCUUGUAGAAGUGCCUCUGGGCGAUCCUGAUGCGGUGAAUGUUCCCCUUACACGUCGAAUGCUCCAGGAAGCAAACAUGGCGGCUACAGCCUCACUUGGUCUUCUGCCGCAUGCUGAUGUUUCCAGCGACGACUCUGAGAUUGCGGCCGCAGGAGAGAAGCUUCUGGAGGAGGCGGUUAAAGUUGCGGCGGGGAUUGGAGCGACCAUUGUCACAGGUAUCACAUACAGUGCCCUUCACAAGUAUCCGUCCGGCCCAACCGUUGCUGGCCGUCGCAACAGCGUGGUGGCAUUGAAACGGAUUGCAGCACGGGCGGCCGACUCGGGCAUCGAGAUCGGUCUCGAGGUCGUGAACCGAUACGAGAGCAACCUGAUCAACACGGCCGCAGAGGCUAUGGAGCUCCUCUCGGAGAUCGACCACCCGGGGGUCAUGGUGCAUCUAGACUCGUACCACAUGAACAUCGAGGAAAACAGCGCCGCCGAGGCCGUGCAGACGUGCGGAGACAAACUGCGCUACGUGCACAUAGGAGAGAGCCAUCGAGGGUACCUCGGAACAGGCAGUGUCGACUUCCCCGCUCUCUUUGCCGCGCUAGCCGCUGCCCGGUACAGGGGCCCGAUCACCUUCGAGAGUUUCUCGUCGCGCGUGGUCAACCCGCAGCUGUCCAACACUCUCUGCAUCUGGCGCAACCUGUGGGAGGACUCCGAAGAUCUGGCUCAGCACGCCAAAGCUUUCAUCGAUGAAAAGUGGAACCCCUAGCGAGGAUUGCAUUGGUUCUCCUGUUGCUACCAGGACUGGACAGCGUCUUGAGUUUGAGAAAUAGGUCUAGAGGCGCGCGUAAGUUUUGGGCGCUUACCACCUUGCAGAAUCUGACUGAGCGGCGCGCGCAUACGGUACAUACACGUCUAAGCUAACUGACAGCAACGAGUCGGCAUGCGACUUGGAUAUGCUUGCACAUGGCCCGACGUAUACCAAACGGUAGGCCAGGCUUUUCCAUAUUGCGUGCAUUGAGGAGCCCGGCGUGCAGCGGCCUAUUUCAACAAUGAUUUCUCAA